AUGGAGGAGAAGAUCUUCGAAUGCCCGCCGCAGAUCAGCAGCGGGGCGGCGGCUGGGGGCGGCGAUCAGCUGCCGCCGUGCUUCGUGCACUUCAAUUGGGACGUUGACCAGAAUGCCGCCGCCCACUUCGAGUCCGCGCUCAGCUCCAUGGUCUCCUCUCCUUCCUCCACCAACCCGGCGCCGUCGGCGGCGGAAAAUCUCGUCAUCCGCGAGCUGAUCGGCCGGCUGGGGAGCAUCUGCAACUCCGGCGAGAUCUCGCCGCAGUCCCACCGCUUCGGCGGCGGCGGCGGCGCCACCUCCUGCUACAGCACCCCCCUGAACUCCCCCCCAAAGCUCAACCUCUCCACCAUGGUGGACCAUCUUCCCAGAUUGGGCAACUCCGCGCCGCCGCCGCCGCCGCUGACCACCCACCUUACGGCCUUCGCCGCUGACCCGGAAUUUGCGGAGAGGGCCGCCAGGCUCUCUUGCUUCGGGGGCCGUUGCUACGGCAGCCAGAUAGGGCUGUCGAGGGUUUCCAGCAGCCAGUCUCUCAUGGCGGCGCCGCCUGACGGGUCCCAAUUGGAGGUGGACAUGCGGUCCAGGCUCAGCAGCACCAGACUCUCGAGAUCUUCCACGCCGGACGACGCCGAAUUUGGCGGCGCUCGGGAGGAGGAGCCGCCGCCGGCGCCGGUGGUCCAGCAGAGCUCCAGAGCCCGUAAUGAUGGCGGCGCUGGGAGGAAGAGGAAGACGGCUCACAGGGGCAAAACUGUAAAUUCUCCCUUUGCAAUUCUCCCUUCUUCCUCUGGGUUCUCCUCCUACCUCAGGGACUGACGGAGAAUUCCCCGUUUCUCUGCAGAAGGCGGCGGCGGCGGCGGAGGACGCCAAUGCGAAGAGAAGCAAGUCAGAGGAGUCUGCCGGCGCCGGAGAGGACGACGUCCAGCCGCAGCAGCCCAAGGCGGAGCCUAACAGCGACUCCGGCGACGACAAAGGGAGCAAUUCCAAGUCGCCGGCGGAGCCCCCUAAGCAGGAUUACAUCCACGUCAGAGCCAGGAGGGGCCAGGCCACCGACAGCCACAGUCUCGCAGAGAGGGUGAGUCGCCGGCGGCUGCGGCGCCGCCGCUUCUUCCUUCCUCUCUCUCCACUCACAUCUCCGUCUCCGGUGCUUCGAUUCCCUCUCUCACCUCGCCCCUCUGCUUCUCGCAGGUCAGGAGAGAGAAGAUCAGCCAGCGGAUGAAGUUCCUCCAAGAUCUUGUUCCCGGAUGCAACAAGGUCCGCAUUCUCCCGGUGAUCCUCGUCGAAUUCCUUGGAAAAAAUAAAAAUGAUCGUCGUCUCACAUUGGGAAGAACCAAAUCUCUGUAAAUUUUGCAGGUCACCGGAAAGGCGCUGAUGCUCGACGAGAUCAUCAACUACGUCCAGUCGCUGCAGCGCCAAGUCGAGGUAAGCGGCCGCCCCUCCGCCGCCGCCUUCUUCUUCCUCCUCCGGCCUUUGAAUCUGAAACAACUCGCCGGGGCUUUACUCUCUCGCAGUUCCUCUCCAUGAAGCUGGCCACCGUGAACCCGCGACUGGAUUUCAACGUGGAGAGCCUCCUCCCGAAGGGGGUAAGUAAAUCCGAUGUCUGAUUUUCGUCUUCUUCUCUGGCGCCGGGGGGUUCUUCUAGGUCAAAAUUGGGUCCAUCACUCCCCCGCCUGUUUCAGAUGAAUCAGCCGCGGGGAUCUCUCGCGCACUCCGUCUUCCCGCCGCCGGAGACCACCUCGCCGGCGUUCUCAUUUGCCCAGCAGGAGACUCCUCUCCAGAGCAUUAUCACCGGCGGCGGGCUGGAGAGCCAUAGCCCCAUGAACCACCACCACCACCAGCACCACCAUCCCCUCGCCGGCUUCAUGGACGCUUCCUCUCAGGUGAUCGUCGCCUACUCUCCGACGACGUCCUUUUCUCCUCCUCUGGUUUUUCAGAGAGAGAAAUUACUGAUCAGUGGCGCAUUCUCUUCCUCUCCUCCAGCUGAUGACGUUCUGGGAGGACGACCUUCACAGCGUCGUUCAGAUGGGCGCCGUCCAGAACCAGGAGGCCGCAUUGUCCUCUCAGAGCUUUCCAUCAAUGGCGGCGACCCACAUGACCAUCCAGCUCUGA